GUGGUUGACUUCUGCCAUCUUGCCUGCAGCCAGGAUCUGUCCUGUUGCUACUUUUUGCAAAGACUUUAUUUUUUUUUAUCGUAUUUUUAUUUUUCGUCUCAUAGGUUAAGGUUUAAGACCAUUAUCCAGUCCAUUCUAUAUGUUUUAUACAUACCGGCCCACAUAAUCUGACAGCUCAAAGAAUAUGGUUUACCUGCGCGUUAAUUGGGUCUCUGUGGCUCUGGAAAAUAAUCGACUUGGUUAUUGAUAUUGACUGUUGCACGGAAUUCGUUUGGAGUCUUUCUGCCCUUAGUGUUUCAAAAACCUUUGAGGCUUUUCCUCAUUAGGGUUAAAACUCCAGACAGACUACUAAGUAACUAUUUUUGCUCACGAUCUUUUCUAAAACUGCAGCUUUAAAGCCUGUACAGAAUAAUUUUUGUUGCACAGAAAAAAAAAAGAAAAGAUAUUUAGGUCAGCUGUCAUUCUCGCGCAUGCGCAGUAGCAGUUGUUUUGUUUACAUAACAGUAUCCUUGACAGAGAUAGCUGCGGACUGCUUGACACAAGCGGACUCAAUAAACAGCUUAAGUUACCUUUGCGGGUAAAUUAUGUCUGUGAAACACGCUAUUAGCCGGGGGCUCGAGCUGGGCCGGUCGGUGUUUAAGCUGGGUCUCCUCAAAUCGGGGGGCCGAGCCGUAGCAAAGCUCCGAGCUGACCGUUUCCGUGUAGGCCCGUCGGUCCACACCGUUCAGCCUCAGGCUUUCCUGCCGUCUCGGUACCGCUAUUACCGCACUUCUUUGAAGGGCCUGGCAGCUCAGCUUCAGUCCGCCGGCUUCAGGAGAAGGUUUGGUGGCGGGUCCCCGCGAAACAGAGCCGUGUUUUUGGCUUUCGGUCUCGGUGUGGGGCUCAUCGAACAGCAGCUUGAGGAUGACAGAAAGAGUGCGGCCACUUGCCAGGAGAUCCAGGCAGUGUUUAGCAAGAAAAGAUUCCAGAGCCCACUCAAGCCAUUCAGCUCUGGAUAUAAACUGGAGGAUUACAUUAUAGGGAAUCAGAUUGGGAAAGGCUCCAACGCUGCUGUGUACGAGGCUGCAGCUCUGUUUGACCCUCCGAAGGAGAAUAACAGCUCCCUGGUGCAGCUGAGAGAAGAUGAAGAGGAAGGGGAGACGGCUCGAUCUCUGACAUGUUGCUCGCUAAGAACCUUCCCUUUGGCUGUCAAGAUGAUGUGGAACUUUGGGUCAGGGUCAUCAAGCGAGGCGAUAUUAAAAUCCAUGUCACAGGAGCUGGUGCCUGCAAGCCCCCUGGCCUUAAAGCAGGAAAAAGAACAAAUCACUGUGGAUGGACAUUUUGGAGUCCUGCCCAAAAGAGUGUCAGCACACCCUAAUGUGAUCAGAGUGUACCGGGCUUUCACAGCGGACGUCCCAUUGCUGCCAGGUGCCCAGGAAGAGUAUCCAGAUGUGCUGCCAGCCAGGCUUAACCCUGCUGGUCUGGGCAACAACCGCACUCUUUUCCUGGUCAUGAAGAACUACCCCUGCACGCUGCGACAGUACCUGGAAGUGUCCACACCAGGCCGCAGGCAGGGCUCUCUGAUGGUGCUGCAGCUCCUCGAGGGGGUUGACCAUCUUUGCAGACAGGGUGUUGCUCACAGGGAUCUCAAAUCAGACAACGUGCUGUUGGAGUUUGACUCUGAUGGUUGCCCUCGUUUAGUGAUUACUGACUUUGGCUGCUGCCUGACCCAGAGUGACUCUAGUCUACAGCUGCCAUUCAACAGCAUAUGGGUCAACAGAGGAGGGAAUGCCUCCCUUAUGGCUCCUGAGGUGGCCACUGCAGUUCCAGGGUGUGGUGCGGUGAUUGACUACAGCAAGGCAGAUUCCUGGGCUGUGGGUGCCAUCUCCUAUGAGAUAUUCGGCCAGCAUAACCCGUUCUAUCGAGCAGUGGGACUGGAGAGCAGGAGUUACCAGGAGAAGCAGCUUCCUUCUCUACCCUCCAAUGUUCCAGCUGAUGUGCAGUUAGUGAUCCGAUUACUCCUCAGGAGGAACCCAAGCAAGCGCCCCAGUGCCCGUGUGGCGGCUAACAUGCUACAUCUUAGCCUCUGGGGACGGAAGGCCCUGGCAAAUCAGGAUAGUGUUGGCAUGAAGAAGCUGGCUGAUUGGCUGCUGUGCCAGUCAGCUGUGGUUCUCCUGAAGGGCUGUACUGGACCCACUGGAAACAUGGUGGAGGCAGAGCUUCAGAGGAGCUUCCUGUCUAACCUGGACCUGGAGGAACUGCGCACCGCUGUGGGCUUCCUCCUGUAUGGACGAGAGCAGCGUCAGGCCUGCAUACUGUCUGCAUAGAUCCACUCUCACUCAUUCAGACACAUAGUUUAAGAGUCAUUGAUAUGGGUAUACUGGGAGCCUAGAGUUGAAACAUGCUUUGAUUUUCAGUAUGACAUCUAUAUUUAUAAUAUUUAUAGUCUUAGCCUUUACAUCUAAUGGCUAUUAAGGCAAACCCCAGUGACACUCUACUCUUCCACUCUCACAUCACGUCACAUCACCUGUGACUGUCAGUGUAUUCCAGCAGUUAUUGUGAAUUAUCAAAUGGUUUAAUUCACCUUUUUGGAUUUCCUGAUUCGCCCUUAAACCAGUGUUGUCUUUUGCUGCUGAAAUUGCUGAUCGGCAUUUCCCAGAUUGUAUUCUCUCAGCAUCACUACAACAUCAGCAGGAGUUAAAGCAAAGUGUGGCUAGUGCCCUUUUAUGCAAAAUGCAACAGGUCUUGUGGGUGCAUUGCAUCAUGGAUUAUUGAGGCUACUGAUGGUGGGGAAAAAACCUUGGUAUCUCUGUGUUUUCUAUAUUUCUGUGUAUAGAUUCAUUUCUCCUUAAAUAUGUAUUGUUUGUCUACACCAAACAACUAAAUUGGCCCAGAAAUGCGAGGUACCAAUGGCUACUGGUAUUUCUGUUAUUCUGAUAUUAUAUUUUACAAGCGCUGAUGCACUUUUUUUUUUUAGAUAUUUGCUAGGAAAGACCCCAGACUCAUACAGUUGUGUUACCUGUGUGUUUGAUUAAAAUUGGCCUGUGUAGAAGCUUUGGACUGAUAAAGGUUAAGGCCAGUGCAGAUAUUUUACAUUAGAGUAGAAAGUAAAACUAAAUACUGUACUUGUCAGACCCUACUGUGUAGGGCGACAUUAAACUUCACACUCACAGGUAACAUGCUGCCCUUAAACAGCUAGUGCUUCCAUCAAACUGGUUAUCAGUAGGUGUCUGUGUAAGGUUGUGAGCCAAAAAAUCACUUACUCACCCAUUCUGCACAACGUAAUGCAUGUUAAACCUCCCCAACAUGUUACUACACAGUUAUCACAAUGAUGAUUGUAGAUAGCAUGGAUCAUGCAGAUUAUUGACUGACCUAAAGGAUGUGACUUGUUUUGUUUUUGUUCCUGUGGUUUGCACUUUAUGUCCAAUUGCUCAGAGCCAUUGCUAUGGCAUACUGGUGUUUGUUUGUUGCCAGCUUAUCUAUUAUACCUAUUCUAAAACAAAUUAUGCCAAAUCUGUGAUUUGAAUAGAGUGACUUCACUAUGAUCUGUUAUCAGAACUAGUCACAUUAAGCCUACAAUUCUGGCAUUAUAACAUUGCAUAAUUAUAUAUCAUAAUCAUGUGUCAGUUAGGGAUGCAAGAUAUAGAGUGUUUAAGUUUUCAUACUAAAGAUGGUGAGAAAUAUUUUGGAUAUAUGUAGAUUUUUCUGCUGUGUUUCAGAAUAAAAGUAUCUGUCUGAAAAGA